AUGUCGUUUGCCAUACGAAGAAACACUGCAUCCGUGCGGUCCAUCUGGAAGCCAAUGUAUGGCCAUUCUCAAUACCAAUUUCACCUGGGCCAUAUUCACCAUGGCCAAAUGGAACUUCUCCAGUGCUACUCCACUGCUCCAGUGAGAAAAUCUCUCAAUCUGAACUCGUUGUACGUGAUUUCAAUCCCCAUUACCACUCACAAAUCAUACAUUUAUUGCAAUCAUAAGGUCAGUUUGCUUGAUGCCAGCCAGAGGGAAACGGUGCCACAGAUCGUUCGCGCAGAAAACAAGGUGGUCGGAUUGGCCACCAAGGCUUGGAACAAGCUUCUGGCCUCGGAAUUAUCCAUCAACAAGCUGGUGGUGAAGCUCGUGCGCAAGUUGCUCAACACCAUUCCAUACGAUGAGAGCUUUCUCCGCAGUUUCCCUAGCAAGAAAACCAUGAUCCGUGAAAUCAACCAAGAACACUACUCAGAGCUUCCUCGCACCAUUCUCACCUCGGAGAUCGAAUCGGGAAAUUACUCGUUGGACCAAUUGAAGCCCAUUCCUGUUAUUCAUCCGAGGUUCCAGGACCCCCAGGCCAUUUUGGACCAAUUGCAUGGCGUCAGAGACAAUUUGGGCGCUUUCCACCGUAAGUGGGCCCUCCUCUGUGGUAUUGGCAUUCCGCUUACCUUGCCAUUGGCGUUGGUCCCUGUGGUGCCUAAUGUUCCAUGUUUUUACCUCACCUAUAGGUUCUAUUGCCAUUUGAAGGCACUAAUGGGCGUGCACAACUUGGGCUACUUACUUGAGAGCACCAAGGACGACUCUUCCGUGGAAAGCACUCCUCACCUCUCCUUCAAGGCCCUUGCUGAACUUGAUGUUCCAUACUUAGAAGAUGCUACCUUUGCUAAAGUGAGAGCACAAGACAGUGACGAAAACGAGCAUAUCCUCGUGACGCCGGAAAUUAUCGACCGUAUGGUGGAAACAUUGGACUUACAGCACCUAAAGGAUGAUUUGCACAAGGCAUUGACCCAGGAAACUGCCAGACUUGAACAAGGAUUGGCUAGUGAUCCAGUAGAGUAA